AUGGCUUCCGUCGAUGUCAUCAAAUCCUGCAUCGACUCCAUUAGACAGAUAUCAGAACAUAUUGAAGGUGCAGUUGUUUAUUUAGAUGCUGGAGCUACAGAGAGUUUCCAAUUUAUUGGGGCAUAUCCUGUACUUCUUGAGCUCGGAGCGCGGGCUGUCUGUAGUUUGGAAAACAUGACUGUACUUGAUGCGGUGGGUGAUUGGAACUCGCAUUCUGAGCCUGCGACAAAACUUGUGGUUAUCAUAUCGCGCCUACUAAGUGACGCACAUCGAUAUAUUUUGCAUUGUCUUCCAUCACAUCAAGUUGUUCGUCAUUGCACUAUAUUUACAUCUAUCUCCGAGAUGGCUCACUCAGUGUUUCCUGAUUCACCUCUCGGACCAGAUGCAUAUCAUGAAUAUGAAUCUUUACUGGUUCAAGAUUAUGAAGAGCUAAGUAAAAAAUCUGGGGAAAAACCCAGGCAUAUUGGUAGCCUCUUGCAGGAAAAACUUAACCUUGAAGAUGGAGGCCGCUUGCAGUUUUCUUCCGGUGGAGAGGAUGUUCCUCAUCUUGAAGCUAGUUCAAGUGGAAGAGAUUUUUUUGAAAACAAUCCAUUAGACUAUAUUGCAGAUACUGUGCAGAAAUUGGUUAUCUCUGUUCACCAUUUCCCCAUGAUUUUAUGUCCCAUUUCCCCCAGAGCAUUUGUUCUCCCUUCAGAAGGACUGGUGUCUGAAUCAUACUUAUCAGCUGAACAUGAAGAUUCCAUUAGUCCUGGUUUGCCUCCCUUGAGUACUGGCUUGCUCUCCAAUACUGAUGAUGUGCCUCCUGGGGCAACUCUUACGGCACACUUUCUCUACCAUUUGGCAGCCAAGAUGGACUUGAAAAUGGAAAUUUUCUCCCUCGGUGAUACGUCAAAAACUGUUGGGAAAAUUUUGACUGACAUGUCAAGUCUUUAUGACAUAGGCCGCCGUAAACGGUCUGCAGGGCUUUUACUCAUUGAUCGCACACUCGAUCUUCUCACUCCUUGUUGUCACGGGGACUCACUUAUUGACCGUAUAUUUUCUGCUUUGCCCCGUAGAGAAAGAACAAGUUCCCACGUAGGUUCAGGAAGUCAACUCAAACUUGGUUCUUCUUACCUUCAACGUGCUCCUUUAGAUGUUCAGAUACCACUUGCAAAGAUCCUUAAUGAAGAAGAUUGGAAAAUAGACAAUUUUCGGCUUUUAGAGAGCGUUGAAGCUUUUUUAUGCGGGUGGGACUCUGGUAAUUCUGAUUCUCAUGUUGCAGACUUGAUUAAUCUUAGUCGAAAAGUUCAUGACAAGCCUAGUCAUGCCGGUAUAGAUAUACUCACUGGGUCUUUUGUCUCCUCUGAUAAUUUUCGCGGCAUGCCAUUCUUGGAAGCUAUACUAGAUAGAAGAACAAAAGAUGGGGCCUUACUGGUAAAAAAAUGGCUACAAGAAACUUUGCGCAGGGAAAAUGUUACUGUUAAUGUGAAAUCCCGUCCUUCUGUUGUUACAACACCUGAGUUGCAAGCUAUGAUCAAAGCAUUGUCCAGGAGCCAAUCAUCUUUUCUAAGGAACAAAGGAAUUAUCCAAUUAGCAUCAGCCACAUUAUCAGCCCUUGAGGAAUCAAAUUGCACCAAAUGGGAUGCAUUUAGCAGUGCAGUGAAAAUUCUGAGUGUAAGCUCUGGAGAAACUAGUCAAAGUCUUGCCGCUCAAAUUGGCGAUCUCAUAAAUAAGAGUGCUCUGUUGGGAUCACAAGUAAAUAAAGGGAAAGGAGAUAUCUCAAAGGGUCUGAUUUCUUUGCAAGAUGCUUUGCUGUUAAUGAUCAUCGGAUAUAUUUUGGCAGGUGAGAAUUUUCCAACAUCUAGUUCUGAUGGGCCAUUUUCUUGGCAAGAGGAACGUCUGUUAAAAGAAGCCGUUGUAGAUGCUCUUCUUGAAAACCCAUCUGUAGUAAAUCUAAAGUUUCUAGAUGGACUAAAGAAAGAACUUGAAGCUAAUGUAAGCAAGUUAAAAUCAGAGGAAGCUACCGAAGAAGUGCUGGAGAUUGAUGAUUUUGAUGAUGAUCAGUGGGGCAAAUGGGGUGAAGAAGAUGAUGAGGAUGAUAAUAAAAAUGAACAAGUAUAUGGUGACAUGCAACUAAAGUUGGAGUUGCGUGAUAGGGUGGAUAACUUUUUCAAAUUUCUUCAUAAAUUAUCUGAUCUGAAAAGAAAGAAUGUACCAUUGAGGGAUGGUUCAUUGACUGUGGGAGGCAAUUUUGACGAGGAUACCUAUGUAGGAAAAGGGUUGGUUUAUAAGCUACUGACUAGGGUGUUGGGAAAGUACGAAGUGCUUGGGUUAGAAUACCAUUCUUCCACAGUGGGGCGCUUGUUUAAGAGUGGAUUUGGAAGAUUUGGCCUUGGUCAGGCUAAACCAAGUCUUGCUGAUCAAAAUGUCAUUUUGGUGUUUGUCAUUGGGGGCAUUAAUGGACUAGAGGUGCGUGAAGCAAUGGAGGCACUGGCUGAAAGCGGAAGACCUGAUAUAGAGUUGCUUGUUGGUGGAACAACUCUUCUUACUCCUGAUGAUAUGCUUGAUUUACUACUAGGGGAUUCGAGUUACUUUUAA